AUUUUCUAGUGGAAUAUUGAGUAGUUGACGUUUUUCCGCCCUCCAAAUCCAGAUAAAUGAAAAUUUUCAAAGAUAUAUUCACUGAGGCAGAAUUAUUUUCUGAUUCAUUUAAAUUCAAAUUAGUUGAUGAUUUAUAUUAUGAAGUUGAUGGAAAAAUGGUUUCAAGAUCAGGGGGUUCAUUUGAUGCUUUUAUAGGGAGUAAUCCCUCAGCUGAAGAACAAGACGAAGCUAUAGAUGUUAACGUUGAGAAAGGCAUAGAUGUUGUUUUAAAUCAUUCAUUAAUCCAAAUACCAUUUCAAAAGAAGGAUUAUAUGACAUAUUUAAAGCAAUAUAUGAAAACAUUAAUUGAGAGGGUAGAAAAGGAAAAAGGAAAAGAAUAUGCUGAUAAAACCAAAGAAAAACUGAAUCAGUUUUUUUCGAAAACAAUGUUGCCUAAUUUUAAAAAUUAUGAUCUUUAUGUUGGUGAAAAUUUCGAAGAUAAGGGCAUGGUUGCCCUCAUGAAUUUUCGUGAAGAUGGCAUUACCCCAUAUUUUAUAUUUUUUAAAGAUGGAGUUGAAGAAGAGAAAUUUUAAAGCAAUGCAUCUAUUUUUUAAUUUUUGCUCAAAUACAUGCUAAUUUAUAGAUUGGUUUAAUAAUCAUGCUUUUAUUUUGAUUGUAAUAAUGAAUGAAAUUGUGUAAAUUUUUAAAUAAAUCUUUAUUAUUAAAACUA